AUGGGUCUCAUCAGCAAAUUGGUCAAGACAUCCGUCGCAGGCGGCAUCGCCUCGGUCGGUGUCUUCUGGGGCGCGACGCGCAAUGCCACUUUCGUGCCCAUGGACUCCUCCGACCCGAUCUUCCAACAUGCCCUCUUCAACAAGCUCAACCCGAAUCGCAACCCGCCUAUGUAUGAUGUCUGCGUUCGUCGAGUUCCCCUAGAUAAGAUCCAGCCCUCUCUGCUGGAGGAGAAGGGCAAGUUGGUCGAGGCCUUCUGUGCUGGUGUCUGGGGUGGUAUGGGAUACAUCCCCCAGCGAGCCUACCUUGAGCGAAAGUACCGUGGCCCCGAGACAGCCAACCAGCUCUGGGACCGCAAGGACUUGCUUGAAGACAAGUACGACGUCGGCACCCUCAUCACCGAUCACUUUGAAGUCGUCGAGAAGAGCGAAGACCGUAUUGUUCUCCGCUGCGGUGACUCCCCACGUAUCCAGGAAGUCCGCCCCUCUGAUGGUCUUUUCGAAAUCGCCGCUGUUGUCAAGAGGGAACAAGGUGUGGCUGAAUUCAGCUUGAAGAGCUGCUUCUACCAGGGUCUCGGGAAGGCCGAUCAACCCAUGGAUGCCAAGAUUGCUUGGGCACACCGUCAAUAUACCAAGUUGCUGGUGGAGACCGCCGUGCUGAAGAAGUGUGUCUUGUAA